GAUCAACACACGGGCCAUGGCACAUUCGCACAGGCCAACCACGAAGCAGAAGCACAAGGCCUUUAAAGGCACAGGCCAUGCUUCUAGCCGCACACAAAAAGAUAUUGCAAAAGGCAAGAUCCAGCCAGAAAAGGCACCUGGCCUAGUGCAAAAGACACACUCGAAAGCAGAUCGCAAGAACCUCGCCAAGCAGAUUCAGCAAAACAAGAAGACUGCAUUGAAGCAGCAAUCGGCGUUUUUUGGAGACGGUCGGAGCAGAGCGCCUCGUAUCGUUGCGUUGAUUCCAUUGAAUGCCGAUGCGGAUACACUGGCCUUGGUCCAUGCGCUCGAGGCGCAUCUAGAACUGCCUCCAAGCACGCAUCCAACGACAGAAGUACACGUCAAGAACUUUAAGCAGCGACUUCAAUUUGUGCAUGCGGGCGGUGAGCUACAAGAUGUACUCAACAUUGUGGCAGUAGCAGACUACUGCAUCUUUGUUGCUGCAGGUUACGAAGCACUCGGCGAGAAUUCACAAGCUCAGAGGACACUGCGUGCGCUACAGUCACAGGGCAUUCCGUCACAUUUUACAGUACUCCAACAACUCGACAAUGACAAGGCUGCACAAGAAUCGCGGAAAGUCUGGGAGGCAGACAUGCAAACACUCUUCCCGACUGAGUAUGGACCAUUCAGCCUGGAUGCUUCUGCAGAGGUGAGCAAAUUUUUGGGUGCGAUAUGCAACAGUUUACCCGACUCACCUACAUGGCGACUUGCACGUUCAUACAUUGUACCGUCUGCUGUGACGUACACCAACGGAUUCUGCGUGGAAGGUAUCGUGCGUGGCAAUAAUCUCGAUGCUGACCGACUAAUACAUAUCCCUGGGUUGGGCGAUUUUGAGGUGGACCGCAUCACGGAUGUUGAUGCAGAGCAAGUCUUGGGUGUUCGCUCCGACAAGGCUGACAGCAUGACGCAAGAGUUUGAGAUGGAGGAGGAAACGCCGUUUGCUGAGGAGCCGCGCAAGGGUGUGCGUCUCGACAAUCACUACUAUGUCGAUUCAGAGGAAGAGGAGAUUCCUGUGGUGAAACGUGUGCCAAAAGGAACGAGCAAGUACCAAGCUUCUUGGAUUGUGGAUGAGGCCGCCAAUGCCGAAGAUGUUUCUGAUGAAGAAGUGGAAGAGCUCGAGGACGACCGUAUGAGUGAUGUGGCCAGCACUUAUGCACCUACACAAGCAGAAGAGCCACACGAGGAGCUCUCUGUCGAAGAGGAAGCUCGGCAACUCGCAUCCUAUCGCGCACAGGUCAAGGACGAUAAGGAAUUUCCAGAUGAAGUGGACUUCGACCCGAGCAUCAAUGCGCGGGAUCGCUUCAGAAAGUAUCGUGGACUCAAAGAUUUUCAUCAGAGUGAAUGGGAUCCUGAUGAAAUUGAUGGCAAUACACCAGCAUGGUAUUCUGGUAUCGCCAAGUUUGGAUCUUACAAGAGUACGCGCAAUCGUAUUCUCAAGAGUCAUGCGGGUGUGCCUAUGGGCACGCGCGUCAAAGUCUACCUCAAGGAAGUUCCUGCGCAUGUGCAAGAUCUGAAGCAUCUCGUCCUUUGGGCAAAUCGCGAACACGAGCAAUCUCGCGCCAUUAACAACUUUACCAUCCAGCUUGAGCCGGGCGCAGAGCCACUCAAGUCAAAAGAGGAGAUUGUCAUUCAAUGUGCGCAUCGUCGAUUCGUGGCGCAACCCAUUUAUUCCCAAGCUAUUGCGAAGACGCGCAAUGGCCUGGUGAGGUUUGAGCGAUUUGUGCAACCAGGAAGAUUGUCGUAUGCGACUGUGGCCGGUCCUGCGAUCAUGGAAAAGGGCGCGCCAGUGCUCUACUUUAAACGCACCCUUGGCGCCAAUAACAGCACACUCGAGCUAGUUGGUACUGGUUCAUUUGUCGGUGUUGAUCACGGUCGCCUCACCAUCAAGCGAAUCUUGCUAUCUGGAGUGCCCUACAAGAUUCACAAGCGACUGGUGACGGUGCGCUACAUGUUCCACAAUCGUGAGGAUAUCCGCUUCUUCAAGGCUAUCCAGCUGUUUAGCAAAUAUGGCCGCGUGGGCUUCAUCAAGGAGGCGUUGGGGACGCACGGGUAUAUGAAGACGACAUGGGAUAAGCAGAUCCAAGGUCUGGAUACGGUGCUGAUGCCGCUAUACAAGCGCAUCUAUCCGAGAGAAGCGCAUUACCUUGCGGCAUAGUUGAAAUCCAUCUGAAGUAUUUAGACAUUCGCCACGAGCAGCUUGAGCAUACUCAGACACAC